AUGAGAGAAAUCAAGCUUCUUGAAUUAAAUAAGAAUCCAGAUAUAUACGCAACCACCAAAGACGGAAAUAAUAGAUAUCUUGACGCUUGGGUUCGCGGUCCUCCAGGAAGUCCUUAUGAACAUGGUGUUUUCAAACUCGAAAUCUUUUUGCCAGACAAAUAUCCAUUUGAUCCACCAAAAUGUCGUUUUCUUACAAAAGUAUAUCAUCCAAAUAUUGAUAAAUUAGGUAGAAUUUGCUUGGAUGUGCUUAAGAAGAAUUGGUCACCAGCACAAACACUUAUUACAAUUCUUCUCUCCAUUCAAUCUCUCCUUGGCGAUCCAAAUCCAAGCGAUCCAUUAGAUCUUGAAGUUGCAAAUCAAUGGCUUAUGGAUACAGAAAAAGCAAAACAGAUAGCAAAAGAGUGGACCGAAAAAUAUGCACAUAAUUAA